UUCGAGGUAGAGUUGCUUUAACGGAAGGGAGACACCCUCUGGGGUAGUCUAUGAGUCAGUUUCACCUGAAACUCUACAGGUAGAGAAGAGACCAGGAAAAGAAAGACGGGAGGUCGAAUGUAGUUCCUCUACAAGGGGAAGCAGAACUUCUGUUGGGGAAGUAGCCGUGCAAACAAAGCUUACGAGUCUGUGGGAAGGACCUCAAAGUCUUAGCACCUCAAAUUCCUACCUACCUUAAUUCUAUGGGAUGAAGGUCGAGGCGGGCGCUGCGUAACGAAAGGAAGCGUCACUCGAAUUCUACCAGGAAUUGGUCUGGGGCGCUGAAGGGAGAAUUUCGGGAAGGUGUUUCUUUUGUGGCCGCACUCAAGAGAAAUUUAUUCCAUAGCUAGAAACAAUUCUUUCAAGAAAAAUUUAGCAAGCACCACCACUUCAGACUCCCCUUCAGUUUGCCUCCACCGUCUUUUAAAGGACUUGCGUUGUUUCUCUUCUUACAGCGGCAACAACUGCGCGCGGAGGUAUAGUUUUGGUGGGGGGGGGGGCGGUGUGUGGAAUCCGCCGCGACCGGGAGGGAAAAGAACUGUCCUUCGUGUGCCAAGAUGAUCCGAAGCAGAGCGCAGCUCCGACUGUUGCUGAGCCUUCUAAUGCCUGUGCUAGUCUUCGGUCAGGAAGACGGGCAGGCAGGCGUCUCCUUUGGGGAGAGCUGCUUAGCGCGGUUUACAGCUGGGAUGCCUGAGUUUGUCCUGGACAUGGAAGCCUCUGUGCAAAGCGGAGCGGCUUUCUUGGAGUCGCCUCCUCUAGAAGGAGACAGGGACUGCGUGAGAGCUUGCUGUAAGAAUCCGGAGUGUAACUUGGCCCUGGUGGAGCAAACCCAGGGAGAGGAAGACAGCAUCCAAAGUUGCAUUCUCAUGAACUGUCGCUAUGACCACGACUUUGUCUGCAAGUUCGCCAGGAAAGACGGCUUCCUCAAUUAUAUUGAGAGGGAUAUCUAUGAGGCCUAUGUAUCUAUGCUGGGACAAGGCAAUGGUGGUGAUCGGCCCCCAGUAGCCCGUGCUUGGGCAGAUGUGAAAGUGCAGCCUGGGGAGCAAGUUAUAUUAAGGGGCACAGAAAGUUCUGAUGAUCAUGGAAUUGUGCAUUAUGAAUGGAUACUGCUUCAUGGUGAUCCUGCCGUGAUUAUAGAGAAAGAAAGUGAUCAUGCAGUGCUCACCAACUUGAAGGAAGGGAUAUACGUCUUCCAGUUAACGGUGACUGAUACUGCUGGGCAACAGAACUCCACUGAUGUCACUGUCACAGUACUGAAUGCAGAACAGACCACAGAGCACUGCUUGGCUCCUUAUAAGGUGGGUCGGUGUCGAGGAGCCUUCCCUCGCUGGUACUAUAAUCCAACAACAAUGCAGUGUGAGAGCUUCAUCUUUGGAGGCUGCAAACCCAACAAGAACAACUACUUAUGGGAAGAAGAAUGCAAACUUGCCUGCAAGAAUGUUGCAGGUGCUGUUGAAAAACGGCAAGAACCAGUGUGCAAUGAAGACUGCCUUCCCUUCUAUUUCAAAUGCAAAGAUGGAUGUUGUAUUGAUAGUUACCUGGAAUGUGAUGACACCCGUGAUUGCUUAGAUGGGUCAGAUGAGGAGUCUUGUGAUUCAUAUAUUCAAGCAUUCAAUAAAUUACAGAAGAUCAAUGUUACAGAUAGCCAAGGUCACUGUGUGGAUUUGCCAGACACUGGGUUGUGCCAAGAGAGCUUAUCCCGGUGGUACUACAACCCAUUCACUGAGAAAUGUGAUCGCUUCACCUAUGGAGGGUGUGAAGGCAAUAAGAAUAAUUUUGAAAAGGAAGAAGACUGUAUACAAUCCUGUAAAGGCAUUACAAAGGCAGAUGUGAUUGGCCAGAGAUGGAGUGGACAUGAGGCUCAGCAUGAACAUUUAAGCUCCUUUGAAGUGGGCAUUGCUGUACUCCUUGGUGUCUGCAUCAUGGUUGUAUUGGCAAUCCUGGGCUACUUCUUGCUCAAGAACAGAAAGACCUAUCGCCGGCGACGCCAGCCAACUACUGCUGCCAACUCCACUCUCUCUUCAGUCCUCUCCACCACUGAGGACACAGAGCACCUGGUUUACAACAGCACUACAAAGCCCAUUUGAUCUUCCCCUAAGAGCUGCUCUCCACUUCUGAGGCAUGGGACAGUUUUUAUUUACUGUUGAUGCUUUUGAAACCAAGGCCUACGGCUGAAGGAUUUCCCACCCUCCUUUCUCUUAGACUGUUGAUCAGCUCCAGCUGUUUUACUACCAUUAGUAGUUCUGAAUAAAUCUGGUCCCCGAGGAUAGGAGGAGUGACGAGAAGACUAGUUCUGUCUCAGCCUUUUCUCCUAGUGAUA